AUGCUGUCAGUCAGGGAUUGUCAAAUGCUUUGUCGAUCGGCUACAAAAAAAACAUCAAUUUCGCCAUAGAUAAAAUUUAUCGUGCAUUUUGCGUGGAUUUUGCUGUGAUAGGGUCCCAGAAGAGAGUAUUUCUGUCAUUUGUGAUGCAAUUAGUGUGAUGAACAGCACGGCAGCGAUGAACGGUGGUCGUAAAUGUGAGGAAAAGCGCGAGGAAAGUGAAGAGAAGCAUCUCCACAGGGUGCUCAGUGUUUUCCUAGAGCCGGGAGUUCGUAUCAACAAUGAUGUUUAUUUAGAAAUGCUAAUUACACACUUAUCCGGAAAGAACAGAAAUGCUGAAGAUUGCACGAAAUUCCUCAAGUCACCAAAGAUUCUGGCCUGGAUCGAGAGGGCAGUGGAUCAAUGGGGUGCAAAGGGUCUCCCGGAUCAUCACAUUGUGGGUUUUACACUCAGACUACUUGCCUUAUACAUUGAAGAUUCCUUAAACUUUGCUGUGGUAAAAGAAAAGCAUCUUCUGGACAGGGUCCACGAGAUUAUUAACAGCCCAUCGACUACCCAAACACCAUCCAUUCAACUUGCCAAUGUGAUCCUCCUGGCGGGGAUUGCGAAACACGAUGCCGGCCUGGCGUGGAUCAGAGACAAGAGAGCCUGGCUGAUCACCGUCGACUACUGUCACACCGAUCGCACCGUGUACGUCGUUCGUGAGGCACUGAACUUCAUUCACGGCAUCAUCGGAAAGUACUGCUUCAGCGAAGAUCGCAGCACAUGCAUUGAGAUCUUCGGGGAGAUCUGCAAGCCGCUGGAGGAGAUAAAGAAGACAGAUUUGAGUCCCGUGCUAUCAGUGGACGAUUCGGAGAUGCAGAAGUACGUCACGCCGACUCUCCACAUCCUGGGCUACAUUCUGUACAAGACCAUCAAGGGGAACGAGUGUGGAAAGAUCUCCAAGUACAUCAUCGAGACGUGUGAGUUGGAGCACUAUUUGUGGCGUCUGGCGGCUGUGACGCACGAUCAUCGCUUCCUCGGGAAGCUCAUGAGGAUCUUCGUGCUGACGAACUUCGCACAGGUGCAGGUGCGCCGGAGCGAGAUGGGACACGACGAGGAGAACUUCAAUGAGUUCGGCGUGAGAUUCUUCAACUGCAUGAACUUCUGCAUCCAGCGUCGCAGCGGCGGAAACAUCCUGAUGAUGGCCGAGCUGAGUCACAUCCUGUGGAAGUCUCUCAAUCCCCCACCGCCCAUCGAAGUGGCCAUGGAGAACCAGAAGAUUCAGUUCGAGGAUCAAUUCAUCGUGCUGCAAAUAAUGCCGGUGAUCUUCAAGAUUCACAGCCGUCGCGAGGACACGGCGUGUCUGGACAUGUACACGAUGAAGCUCCUCAAUGUGUCUUCCGAGCACACCAUCCGCCUCUGCUACGCCUUCAGGGAUCUCAUGCUCACCGUGGACAGCGAAACGGUGACGGAUUUCGCGUGCAGAGCCAUCCAGAGCAUCAUGGGAAUGAAGGAGGUUCUCACGCGUGAGAGAGCAGUGAUUGUUUUCCAGGCCCUGAUCUACUGUCUGUACUCUGUGGAGCCGAAGAACAGCUGUCUGCUCGAUCGGCCCAAUAUCAUCUCCACGGAUCUGCUGGUGAAAUCCCCCAAUCUCCUAUCUUUCGUGCUCACGGGACUGCAUGGCCUCGUGAAAGAGUACAAAAUCACGUGGAAAGAGUGCCUUGAAUCCACAAUAGUGAUAAACUUCAUGCUGGCACUGCUCGAGGAUCCGAAUUUGUCAUCGCGGCACGUCGUUCAAGCACUUCAGCUCACUCAACUGUCCAUUGAGCACUUUUUGGCGCCCAACUUGGCGCUUCUCGUGGACACGCUGAAGGGAUCGGCGAUGGAGGGAUUAGGUCAGAUGAUCUUCAAGAAGCUCCACGAUAACUCCUGGGAGACGAGAGACAGCACACUCGAGCUGCUGUCUGCGAUGGUGAUGAUUUCUGAGCAGAAAUUCCCGGCCUUUCAGCAGCAUAUCUUGGACAAUAAACUGUGUCCAAUUGUGGGCAGCAUGGCGAAGAAUGACACAGAGCCUUAUGUGAGGGCAUCCGCUCUUCACUGCAUGUACAAAAUGAUGAGCAUUCCGGGAUAUUGGGAGAAAUCACUGAAUUCCCUGGAUCUGGUGAAUCACCUACUCAGGGCCCUGGGCAAUGAAAGCGAGGGUGUGGUGAGAAGAGAAGCCGUGUGUCUUCUCUGUUCCUUGUACGAUCACCAAAAAGUGCCCAAGGCUCAGCUAGAUUCCGUUCUCUCGACAAUGGCGCACUGUGCUGUGAAUGAUCUGCACUGGGAGGUGAAGAUCAAUGGUCUUCUCUUCUGGAGGAAUGUCAUAAGGCGUCAGUGUCAGCAUCAGGGUGUGAUUGAUGGCGUGUUUCCGUCAGUGACCUUUUCGAAGGAGAACAAAAAGAUCGUGACACUAAACGAAAGGGAGAUCUCCCUCCGGAUAGGGCGGAUUCUCGAUGAAUUGUCUGUCCGGGGGUGUUUGGGAGUGCUGCUCGAGUGUCUCAAAGAUGACUGUGACUUGGCCGUGGUGAAGGAAGCUGUGAAGAUUAUUGAGAAUGUCAAGGUGUUUCUGUCGAAGUACAACUAUCUCGAGUCAAGGAAGAAACUCGAGCAGGAGAGCCCGCGAGAGCAGCCGGUGUAUGAUGUGCCCUACCAGAAAUCACCGCCCAAAGUGCCCGAAGGCGGCAGUCUGGAGAGGAAUAAUGCUGAUGUGUCUCCAGGGUGCAAUCCUGAUGUGGUCAUUGAGUCUAUUCUCGAUGCCACGGAUGUGAAUCUGCUGGCCAUAGCGUAUGAGAAUCAGAUGAGCGUAAAUGGGUGCGAAGAGGAAGCGCAGAAAGAGUCUCCCAUCGAUCCAGAGCUGUACAAGCAGUUUGCCAAGGUGUCGCCGAAUGAAUUCCUAACGGCACUGCUGAAGAUUGACCUGAACGAACUGGUAAAGUCCAAAUCGGAAUGGAUCUCGCAGACAGAGAGCUUCAGUUCCCUCCUGGACGACAUUCUUCUCUCGUUCAAGGACAUCAAGGUGAACGAUGCCGAUUGCUAUUGAGAAAAGGUGUUUCUCUAGUGAUGCACUGAGAGCUUUUAAUAAUGAUUGUAACUAUGUACACGAAUUUCGCUAUGAAAUAAAUAUCAGGGUGAUUAUAGAGAAUGUGUUAC